AAACACAAACAAUAUAAUUAAUCUAAAGUUUAAAAAAAUGGAUCAUGAUCAGGUAAUUAUUCGUGAAGAAGAAGAAGAAGAUCAGAGUCUACCGGGGUUCCGAUUCUUUCCGACGGAAGAAGAAUUGGUAUUGUUCUAUCUGCACAAUCAACUUCAGGGAUGCCGUAAGGAUAUCCACCGUGUGAUUCCGGUGGUUGACAUUUACGAGAUUGAGCCAUUCAAUCUCUCAAGGUAUUCAGGGGAAAGGUGUAGGAGAGACAGUGAGCAAUGGUUUUUCUUUGUGAAGCAACAAGAGCGACAAGCGAGGGGAGGGAGAGCGAAUAGAACGACGUCGUCAGGGUCCGGGUAUUGGAAGGCGACAGGGUCUCCAACUUACGUGUACUCGUCGGAGAAUCGGGUGAUCGGAGUUAAGAAAACGAUGGUAUUUUAUAGAGGAAAAGCUCCCACAGGAACUAAAACUAAGUGGAAAAUGAAUGAAUAUAAAGCCAUUCAAGACAUCAUUCCUCCUCAUUCCCCUUUCUCUUCUACUCCUAUUCCUCAGUUACGACACGAGUUCAGUUUGUGUCGAGUUUACGUGGUGUCGGGAAGCUUUCGAGCAUUUGAUCGGCGGCCAUUAAAAGCUUAUAGCUGAUGAAUUCGCAUAAGAUAUCACAAGAUAGACGUACCACAACCUUCUUUUAUAUUUUGAUUAUCAUUAUGGUUCAUUUUUUUCUUUUUAAAUUUUGUAAUAAUAAUAAUACCCAACACAUCCAUUUUCCUCAUGAAAAUAAAGGGUUAUAAUUAAUUAUGUACGGAAGCUGACUGAUUAAAAUAAAAUAUUUUUAAAAAAUA